CUGAAUACUCGCAAAACAGGCAGCUAUGCUGUCAUGCGCCCCGCGCAACCACCUCCCGGACAUUUCACGCGCAAUGUGCGCUCAGAUACGACAGACGCGGCUGGGUGUAUCUGCAGCCUGUCAUGGCAGACUGCAGCCACCCCCUGUAAAUCACCCGUCCAUCCUAUACCGUGCACUAGCGCUGCAUCGCAGCGACGGGCGUCGGGCGAUACGCUGCCCCUGAUCGGUGCGGGCAAUCCCAAUCGCUCGUUCCUCUCGCGGAACACCUUCGCGCUGAAUCGCCGACGCCGUACACACACAUGCACGGGCGCUGUUUUACGCCCAGCAUCCGUGUCCGCCCCUCUCUUUUGCUCUUGCGUGCUCUCACCGCCACACCUAUCGCGCACCGGCACACGGUUCUGCCCUGCAGACGAGCCACGAUUUCUCCGCACAAGCAGCGUGCAGUGAGUGUACAGAUCUGCGAACAAUCACCGACUGGCGCGGACCGUUACACACCUGCGUCGCGCGCGUCUGCUUACGCUCCCGGCGCGAUCACGCGCGCGGUAUGUGUCACUGGCUCGCCCGGUUCUCACUCUCUUCGCUGCCCGAAGCAGCGGCGGAGAGGCACCGAGAGUUGGUCCAGACAGCCCGGACGACGCCCGAGAACCGCAAUGAAUGAAAGGCAUUGGGAUUGGGACAUGCCCCGGGAGACUCGUCCAGACCGUGGCGACGCUCUCGGGCGUAUUGCCUGAGACGCGGUCUGUUUACGGAACUUGGACAUGCGUGGCGUUGGGCGUGUGCGUGCGUCGUCCGCGUCGGAUAGAGCCCCGUGAGCCGGAGCCUGCAGCGAACAAAGCAGAGGCUGGAAACGGAUAGAUAACGGAGGUGGCUCGUCCGGGACGAGUGAGCAGGCUGACGAGGCGCCGGAAGAUUGAGAUUGACAGCGUUCAUGAGACGUGUGCAUUGCAUCCGUGCAGCUGGCUAGUAGAUGGGUG